AUGACAACUUCAUCGAUUAGGCGGCAGAUGAAAAACAUUGUGAACAAUUAUUCAGAGGCCGAAAUUAAAGUCCGGGAAGCAACGUCCAAUGACCCCUGGGGUCCCUCCAGCUCCUUAAUGACCGAAAUUGCAGACCUGACUUACAACGUGGUAGCCUUCUCUGAAAUCAUGAGCAUGAUCUGGAAGCGGCUGAACGACCACGGCAAGAACUGGAGGCACGUUUACAAGGCUUUAACCCUGCUGGAUUACCUGAUCAAAACCGGGUCAGAGCGGGUGGCCCAGCAGUGCAAAGAGAACAUCUUUGCCAUCCAGACUUUGAAAGAUUUUCAGUACAUUGACCGGGAUGGGAAGGACCAGGGCAUCAACGUGCGUGAGAAGUCCAAGCAGUUGGUCUCCCUGCUGAAGGACGACGAGCGGCUCAAGGCGGAGAGGGCCCAGGCCCUGAAGACCAAAGAGCGCAUGGCUCAAGUGGCCAUCGGAGUGGGCAGCAACCAGAUCUCCUUUGGCAGAGGGUCCAGCCAGCCUAAUCUGUCCACCAGCUACUCUGAGCAAGAGUACGGCAAAUCUGGAGGCUCUCCAGCUUCCUACCAUGGGUGUAAGGAAGCUGGCCUGAAUGGCUGCCCAGAAAUUCCUGAGCCAGCACAGCUGGCUCAGGAAUUCUGGGAAUUGAAGUCCACGAGUCAUAAAAGAGCCAAGGUUGACUACCCCUGGUCUAGUUUGCCAUUCUUCUCUUACAGAAGAGGGGCUUUCAGCAGCCGAGCUGCUCAGAGAGAGCCAAGCAUGUGCCUAUUUCUCCCUGCAGCUACAUCACCAAGAGUGUCUUCAGAACUGGAGCAGGCCCGACCUCAGACCAGCGGGGAAGAGGAACUCCAGCUGCAGCUGGCUUUGGCCAUGAGCAGAGAAGUGGCAGAACAGGAAGAGCGCCUGCGCCGAGGAGACGAUUUGAGGUUGCAGAUGGCCUUGGAAGAAAGUCGCAGAGAUACUGUCAAAAUUCCCAAAAAGAAGGAGCACGCAGCUUUGCUGGACCUCAUGGAUGCGCUGCCCUCUUCCGCCACCCCUGCCCCAAAAGGGGAGCCUUGGAAGCCCCCAGCUGCAGUCAACAAAGCUGGCCCUUGGGGGGGUCCUCCAGUCAGCACUGCCACCUCCGAUCCAUGGCAAUCAUUCGGUGCCAAGCCAGCCACCUCUGUUGAUCCGUGGGGAGCCCCUGCAACACCCUCAGCUGCCCAGCCUCUCCCAAAGAAUGCCGAUCCUUGGGCUCCUUCCCAGCCCUCGUCCGUGGCAACAAAGACAGCCGUGGACCCCUGGGGACCAGCACCAGUAAACAAGCCAAUUUCUGCUUCUGGUAGUAAAUCUUUCGACCUCUUCAGCAAUUUGAACGGGACAAUUAAAGACGACUUUUCUGAAUUUGACACCCUUCGAACUUCUAACAAGCAAGCGGAUUCAGGUUCUGCUUUGUCAGCUCAGAACAGUGGGACCACCAGCCCCGACCUCUCAGACUCCCUGCCAGCCAGCUCCUCCUCCUCCAGUAAACAGAGCGGCGCUCGGAGGACCCCCGAGUCUUUCUUGGGCCCCAAUGCUGCUUUGGUGAAUCUGGACUCCCUGGUAUCUAAGCCCCCCCAGCCAGCACCGUCCCUCAAUCCUUUCUUGGCUCCGGGAUCGUCGUCGUCAUCGUCGGCUUCUCCUUCUCCGGCCGCAGUCAACCCCUUCCAAGUGAAUCAGCCGCAGCCCCUCACUCUCAAUCAGAUGCGGGCCAGCCCCAUCCUCGGGGGUAGCCUGUCCUUCAACGCUACGCCAGGGCUGGAACCGGGGCCCCUUCCUUCUGUGGCCCCCGUGGCUCUGCCUCCCUUGCCAGCCGUGGGCCCCGUGACCUCUCUAACCAGGAUGGGCCCGGGAGUGAGCGUGGGCACAAUGGGGUCCGUGGCUCAGCCUGUCCACCCGGGGAUUCCCCCCUCGGUCUCUCAGCCGGCCAACGCGACUAACCCUUUCCUCCUCUAGAGGAGGCCUGGAGCAUGAAGCCUCCCUGGGAAAGGCGGGCAGGACAUUGGAGGUG